CCACAGCUGAGCUGCGGAGAUAUUCAUACUCCAUAACUGCACAGACGGUGUUCCUUCAGCUGAAUUUGCAUUUCUUUGGUUGUUCUUGAAAGCCUUUCGAGAGACGUCUACCUUACGUUCAUGAGAUACCCUUCUGCACAUCAUUUGGUCGAUUUAUUACACCCACGCGCAAUGCGUGCGAACAGCUACUCCGGAUUCCUCCAUCCAACAUAGUCGAUAUCGAGAAUAUGCGAAUUCACCGAAAUGGGAGCACCGUACCGAACUGCAUAUAAUUCCUCUCCAACACGGUGCAUGAACUCUUGAGACUCGGUUGCCCUCGACGGAAGCUAGUGCGCGAGAAACCGUGUCAGAAUUGGGCAUCAUUCGAAAAUAUGACGAACGUACCGGAGCCUAGGCCUCUUGCUUCGGCCUUCGAAAGCCCGACUUUCGGGGAAGACAGCUCAUUCCACGUGGAGCAACCAGUUGGUUCGAUGUCAAUAUCACCCUGCGGAAGAGAUGUUGUUCUAGCUUCGAAGGAGGGUCUUCAUGUUAUCGAUCUGGAUUCACCAUACUCCCCGCCUCGAUAUCUUCCACACCACACGCCAUGGGAAGUAGCAGAUGUUCAAUGGUCGCCGUUCGCCGCUCGCGACUACUGGGUUGUGAGUACGUCAAACCAGAAAGCAUUGGUAUGGAAUUUGGCAAUGCAGAGCUACCAAAACCCGAUUGAACAUGUAUUGCAUGCGCACACCAGGGCCAUAACGGAUAUUAACUUCCAUGCCCACAACCCGGACGUUCUAGCAACUUGCGCAGUUGACAGUUUUGUUCAUUGCUGGGAUCUACGAGCUCCUUCCCGGCCCGCCAUUUCAUUUUCCGACUGGUUUGCUGGUGCUACUCAAGUUAAGUGGAAUCGACAAGAUCCCCAUGUCGUCGCAAGUUCCCAUGAUAGGUUUCUUCGAAUUUGGGAUGACAGAAUGGGCGCGUAUCCGAUCAGAUCUAUUGAGGCUCAUGACACCAAAAUUUAUGGUGUUGACUGGAAUAGAGUCCGUCCGGGUGCUCUCGUCACCUGCUCACUGGAUAAAACAAUCAAGUUUUGGGAUUACACCGUUGAAGGCGAUGUACCCGAGAAGAUGAUAAAAACUCCAUUCCCAGUAUGGCGCGCCAGAAACACUCCCUGUGGGUGGGGUGUACUAGCAAUGCCUCAGAGAGGCAAUAGCGAUCUCCAUCUAUACAGUCGAAGGGUGGGAGAUGCCGCCUAUGCCAAAGCGGGCCCACAGGGUGAUGAGAGCCUUCCUCUGGUGCAUAGUUUCCCUGGACAUAAAGGCCAAGUUAGAGAAUUUCUCUGGAGACCACGCGGUGGGGUAAAGGAUGGAAUUGACCAUCGAGAAUUUCAGCUCGUGUCCUGGGGAACAGAUAGAGAGCUUCGCCUGCACAGAGUUGAGCCCGAUAUCUUACAACGUGUUGGUUACGAGAAAGGCAAAUCAUUUAUUGCAAACUUGAAAGUGACUCGGACAGGUGCUGUUUACAAGACUUUUCGGGAUCCGAGUAGUGAGCAGGAUGAUGAUUCCACCAAAUCUUCUCUAUCGCCUGGCCUGCAAGGUCCUGCUUCUCAAUCUGCUGGCAUUGGGAUAAACAGCAUAUCUUUACCGUACGCUCGUGCCUGGACGCAAAGUGGCAACGUUGAUUCAAGGGUUGGCAUGCAGGGCAGGACAAAUGCUAGGGCUGACACGAACCCUAUUUCUUGGAUGCGUGGUGUCAAAAUAUCGGGAUGGGACAUUGAAACCCUCGGUGAUGAAAUAUCGCAUGUCGGAGAGAAGUUUACCAAGGUUGCUUUUGAGUCGGUCGACGUUAGGCAACGGAAAGCAACGAUAUCUUUGCAUGGUCCCUGGGGCUCGGACGGCGAUUCUCUUUUCUUAAAAGUCGAUAUCAAAUUUCCGAACGAUUACCCUCGUGAUUCGGUGCCAUCAUUCAAUGUUCAAAAAACAGCUUCUGUCACCGAUCAACUCGCCACAAAACUCAUUGCAGAGCUGCGAACCAUUGCUGAAACGUACCUUUCUCGCAAACGAGGCUGCCUUGAGGGUGCUGUCCGUUAUCUUCUUGGGGAAAGUAGCCUGGAGGAAAGUAUAGCGUGGAUCCUUGGUGAAACUGCUGAGACAAUAAAAUCCCCAGUCAAUGGGGAAGAGUCAAGUGAUGAGGAUGAAGUAGGGCUGUCCCAGAGCCAAGACCUUGGAAUGAGUUCUGAGUUGCUUCGACCGGUAAAUGCGAAUGUGAUGGUCCCUGUGGCGAAGGCUUGCGGUGCACUAUGGGCAAGAGAUGGCCGUCUAGUAUGCUUCUUCCCACCCAAGAAAGACAAAUCAGCAUCUUUCCUGGAGAACUUAGGAUUCAAGGAGAUGACAAGAAUGUCAAGGGCAGAUAAAGUAUUCGAAGGGUUUGGUCGUCUGCAGACAACUUCACCGGGGCCACGAAUUACAGGCACGAUCGCAAGCACAGAUGAUGGCGCUUCUGAAUAUUCCGAUGAUUCGGAUGUCGAAACUUCGAGUUCCUCCGGUUCGUCGUCUGACAUGCUAUCAGGACUACAAAACCGUUUCCCGACGCCACAAACGUGGCGUAGCGCUGGGAGUCUUGGAUUCCAUCGACCACGGUCUACAGACAAUUCUCAAAGAUCCACUGCUGGCGCAGGAACAGUUAAGUCUGAGGCUCCGCAAAAUGUGGUAUCUAUACACGAUCUCAGCGAUCUUCUCCCAGCCAAGCGUGAAUUAGCAAACAAAUAUCGGAUUUGUGGAAAAGGCACAGAUGUAUGCGCCCAUAACGCUUCUGUGGCCCUUGACGCUGGAUACUAUGAAUCAGCUCGAAUUUGGGGACUUGUUAAACUGAUGCUGCACAAUCAAAAUGCCCCUAUAUCUUUGCUGGAUCCAGGCAUUCUUGAUCAGCGUGGACUUAGGCAGAUGCAACGAAAGGAUAGUGCUGUGGAUUUAAGUUAUGAUGUUGGGAAUCACGAACAGCGCCAUAAAGGGAUCGCAAGCAGCGCUAUUCAAUGGGGAGACCAUCCAUUUGGUGGGUAUUGGCUUGUCCCUGCUCUCUUUGACCAUUUUGAACAGAUUGGCGACAUACAGAUGCUUGCAAUGCUCUCUUGUGUUCUUCAUGAAUCUACUUCCCAAGUAGGCACUCCGCAUAGAGGACACAGCCGAAACAGAUCAACAUCAAGGCUGAGAGAACAACAGCAGUCUUUUCCAUUGGACUUACAUUCUGGGAAUACAUCUACGCAAAAUAGGUCGCAAGUAGUCACACCUCUUGCAUCGACACCCAAAGAUAGCCAGAAUACGCCCAUAACCCACAGCUCUGGACGAUCUUCUGGCGAGAUCUGGCGAGCGGAUUCAACGCCUCCAUAUUCAACGGGCACAACACCCCCACGUACCAAUGCCUUGGCUGCCGAUAGGAAGGCCUUGAGUCACAAUGUUUCAAUCGCUGCCUCUCCAGACCAACAGUCACAGCCACGCAGCGGGUCUGGGAUUGGCUCUGUUCUGGCAUCCUCCCUUACGCGCUCAUUUACCUUUGGCCCGUCAUCAGCCUCGCCUCCGGCGAGCGCCCUAGAAAGGAGAAAGCCAAGUCCGGGUGGAAGUCCAAACACGAUCUCAGGUCCAGCGGCAUGGGCAGCGAGUAAUUUUACGUCAAAGCCCGUAUCAGCAGUCCCCGACUAUCUCACCACCUCGACUGCAUUUACUUCGCAAGCUCAUUCAGACACCGAGAGUGAUAGACUGCAUCAAACUUCAAAGACGCCUAGGAAACUCAAAGUAACAUUGAAGAACCAAGGUGCUUUUGACGGCGAUCGUCAUUCCCAAACUUCAAUCCUCGACCCAAAGAAAGACUGGCUGUAUAGGUCGUAUCGGGCAGCAUACGCUGGAUUGUUAUCCAUUUGGGGAUUGCCAGUGCAACAGAGUGAAGUUCUCAAAAUCGGUGGAGUUGUCGAGAGCUUUGAUGAUAUGCACAUUGGUCACUGGAACCGCAAAAGUGCACGAACGUCCUUCACCUUCCCAGCGCUUGGACGUCGCAGCUCCCAACCAGGGAAUGAUGAUCCAGAAAGCCAGGGUCUUGAGAUCCAAAGGCACUGCACUAGGUGCGGCCAGUCUCUUGAAUUUUCAAUAUUCUUGGCACCAAUUGCGGCAGACACAACUGCAGAUCACAUAAAAGAGAACUCUACGCCAGUCACAUGUCCCAACUGCAAACCUAAGCAACCACUGCCAGUCAAACUCCCCUGCAUUAUUUGUGGCGAGGUGACAGAAGGCAUGCUUAUUCCUUGUCUUAGCUGCGGCCACGUGAGUUGCUUUGAAUGUCACCGACAUUGGUUCUCGAGGACUUCAACCCCACAGUGCGAUGAAAAGACUGAUACAACCGGCAUCCACGACGAUGAACAAGAGUUUGAAUAUUGCCCUAGCGGAUGCGGCUGUAACUGCUCAGAACAUAGUAACAUAGACAUUCGGAUACCCUGGGGUCCAGAAUCCCCGGGAUACGAGAGCGAUUCUGGUAAUCAUUCCCAGACCAGAUCCCGAAACAGGCGAUCUAACCCAACACCAGGACACGGCGACCUUUCUCCCAAAGUGAGACAACAUGAAGACGACUUAGACCUUUGGCAAGCGUCUCCAUUCGCAUCUCUCGCUCGAGGCCUGGGUGGUGGCUUGAGCCGAGGCUUACGCCCAAAGGAAGACAAGCGCAAAGCAAAACCAGCGACCAGUACUUUUGUCCCCAAGAAGACUUCGAUGAGCCAAGUGGAGAACAGAUAA